CUCUCAGCUGAGGCGGCGACGCCGCCGAGGAGAGUCAGCGACCCCCGGUUUCCCGCCCCCCCACCUCAGCGUCUCUGCGCGGCCCAUUCCCCUCCUCUCCGAUCUUUUAAAAUUGCAUGAUGUGUGAUGAGUUGGAGAUUCUUAACAGGGAGAUUGAGAGGUUAUUACAGAGCAGCAUCGUGGAAAGAAGCUCUUUAAGCUCAGAAUCUCUUCAGACAUCAACCUCUGGUUCCUGGGAUGUAGCUACUGCUUCAAGCAGUGGACCACAAGGCAGUUUAGUGAAGGCAGCUGUAUCGAGUGGAGCAUUGCUGGUUUCAGAGUCUUCAGGAUGGCAUCCAGAUGACCAUUACACUAUUGGCUUCCCCAGAAUAGCGUCUGUUGUUGGGAUUAUGCUGAAUGACUCUGAUUUACUUCUGCCCUCCUGUGAUUCCUCCCUUGGCUUAAGUGGACAGGAAGAAAUAAUUCCAGCAACCUCUAAUGCUGUGUCAGAGGUGACUUUUUGGAACAGUAAUAUCAGUACUAUGGAAGAAGACAGUUUGGAAUCUAUGACACUGGAGUCUCAGUCUAACAUGGAAAAUUCUUCUCUUGCUGCGGAUGACAAAGAUGAACAAAGUAAUGAGGAUGAACAAAAGACUGUGAAACCCACUAGCAAGGAGUUCAAGAAAACGUGGGGGUUUCGUAGGACUACUAUUGCAAAGCGGGAAUGCUUAGGAGAUGCCGACAUGGACAUUGCUGAACAAAUAUCUCCUCAGCAGCAAAGCCUGGCUCUUCGGCGUAGCGGACGACAGCCCAAGCGUACCGAACGGGUGGAAGAAUUUCUUACGACCGUGAGGCGCAGAGGACGGAAGAAUCUUCCCUCAGCUCUUGAUGACUUCAACGAGCCAGCGUCUUGCCAUAUUACCGAUGUUGAAACUGCUUCUGAAGGGAGUGUAGAUAGCAUCCCCGAUAUAAAAAAUGUAACCCAAAAGAACCGUUCUAAUGAUGGCAAAGGCCAGCCGGCUCGAAAAGGAAGAAGUGCUAAAGAGCAUGACGAGAAAGAUACAUCUGACAGCGAUAGUGAUGGGUUAACGUUGAAAGAGUUACAGAACCGUCUGCGAAAGAAACGGGUGGAAGAGAAGCCCUCAGAGCUAACUCUGAAAGAGUUACAGAAUCAACCCAGGAAGAAACAUCCAGAACAAAUUCCUGCUGAGACAGCUGAUGUCCAGACCAGCAGCCAAAUUAAGCAUGAAAUAACUGUAAAGCAAGAACCAGGAGCUACAGAUAAUGCUGAGGCUGGAGAACAAGGAUCUGUCUCCAAGGAAACCAGCGAAGCAGGUCAGAUUAAGAAAGAACUAAAAUGUGCUUCACAGAUCGCUGAUGAGCUUGAAGAACGCACAAAGGGCAAAUCGGAAGCAGAAGUGUAUGACCCCAGUACUCUUUAUUGUAUCUGUCAACAGCCUCACAACAACAGGUUUAUGAUUUGUUGUGAUAGAUGCGAGGAAUGGUUUCAUGGGAAUUGUGUAGGUAUUUCAGAGGCCCGUGGGCGCCUGCUGGAAAGAAAUGGAGAAGACUAUAUCUGCCCAAACUGCACCAUUCUACAGGUGCAAGAUGAAAUAGUUAUGGAAACAGGUCAACAGAACACUGUACUGGGACAUGUUACAGGUGAUGGCACAGAGUUCACAAGCAUAGGAACUAUUGAACAAAAGUCCAUUGAGGAUCAAGGCAUCAAGGGUCGCAUUGAGAAAGCUGCAAAUCCAAGUGGAAAGAAAAAACUCAAAAUAUUUCAGCCUGUGGUUGAAGAUCCCGAAGCAGCCAAUUGCAUUGGCCCAGGAUGCUCCAAGGUGGCUCAGCCAGGUUCAGUAUACUGCGGGAAUGAGUGCAUCCUUAAACAUGCUGCUGCUACCAUGAAAUUCCUCAGUGAAGGCAAAGAACAAAAACCCAAAGAGAAAACAAGACCUAAGCCUCCUCUGAUAAAACCUCAGACUCUGGCGGGUACCAAACCUUUGUCAAUACAGAAGAGGCCAGUUGCUGAGAAGAGAGAGAUGAUCAUGAAGAAAACGCCAGUGGCCACAAUUAAGACAGAAGCAAACGCUCAGACAGUUGGUAAAGAGCCAACCCCAGAGAGCAGCACACCAUCCUGGGCCAGCGAUCAUAAUUAUAAUGCAGUAAAGCCAGAACAGACUCCUGCCAUUUCACCAGCACUGUUAUUCAAAUCACAUAAAGAAGAGCGGAAGGUUGAGGAUAAACCAGGAGAGCCUCCUAUGAUGUUGAAGAAAACUGUUGGACCGACAUCGGUGGUUGAGAAACCCAUGUCUUCUCAAACAAGGAGUGUGGCCCUGAAGAAGCCCUCGCCGUUUGCCAGUACUUCAUUUAUUAAGGCCCCGGUGAAACAUUCAGCGGCAGAUUUUAAAGGGGUCAUACCUAAGAAGUCUUCGCUUGCUGCAGGUUCUCCUGCUUCAGGUGGUUUUUCGUCCUCAAGGCCACCUUUGUCCUCCUACGGAGCCCAUUCCAUGCCUAAAAAACCGAUCCCCCCCUCUAGCGCAGUGGCAGGGCUUAAGAAACCUCUGAUGUCUUCCGCGUCUUCUUCAACCACCCCCUUGCCUCCACAAGCCAAGGUAGCUGCAAGCGCUGGCCAGUCGCAGCCUAAUUCCCAGAUUCGACAAAAUAUACGGAGGUCCCUUAAAGAGAUUUUGUGGAAAAGAGUAAAUGACAGUGAUGACUUGGUCAUGACAGAAAACGAAGUGGGGAAGAUUGCACUGAAUAUUGAAAAGGAGUUGUUCAAUUUAUUCCAGGCCACAGAUAAUCGAUAUAAAAGUAAAUAUCGCAGUAUUAUGUUCAACCUUAAGGACCCCAAAAAUCAGGGUCUUUUCCACCGCGUUCUUCGAGAAGAUAUUCCUUUGUCAAGGCUUGUAAGAAUGAAGCCUGAAGAACUCGUAUCUAAAGAGCUAUCUGCAUGGAAAGAAAAACCAGCGAAAUCAAUAAUGGCAUCUAGGCGUAAAACCUUUGAAAAUAAAAAAAUGGCCGUGAAACAAGAACCUAUCCCUGAUGUUAACAUGGAAGAUUCUCCACCAGUGUCUGAUUCGGAUGAGCAGCAAGAAUCGGAUCGAGCAGCACCUGAGAAGAGCAGUACUCCUGCUUUGGAUGUUUUCAGCAGUAUGUUGCAGGAUACCACAAGUCAGCAUCGGGCCCACCUUUUUGAUCUGAACUGCAAAAUUUGUACAGGUCAGAUUUCUGCCUCUGAUGAAGAAUCGACUUCAAAAAAGCCCAAAUCAUCAGCUGCUAAGAAGACAGAACCAAAGUCAGAAACUAAAUCCAAACUAGAAAGCUCCACACCAGCAGAUGACAUGGGGGUGGUAAAAGGGGAAAAUCUGGAAAACGUCUCAGAAGCCACUGCUGAACCUGUGACGGAGACAGUGGCUCAGCCAUGCAUGGAAAGAACUUACCUUCCUUUAUCCCAAGUGCAAAACAACUCAGAAUCUUCUGUACCCAUGGAGACCUCAGCCUAUCCUGCAUCCUACACCACCGGGAUCAUCACGACAGUGACUCUUUCUGGCAAAGAUCCCCGAACAGCUGUGAGCACCUCUGCAGCUUCUGCUUCUGCUGGGAUUUCUCCGUUGCAUCCCGCUUCUGCUCCUGACAAAGGGUCUGUAGCAGAGAGCAAGCCAGAAAUAUUAAGACCUGUUUUAUCAGCUCCAAAGUCUAUUUUAACAAAACCGUCUUCGUCAGAUCCAAGAUACUUGGCAGGCCCAUCAUCUUUAAAUGUCAGUAUGUCAGAGAUUUGGUCCCCUCCGGAAGGAGAUACGUCCCUGUUUCUUUCUCGUCUGAAUACCAUUUGGAAAGGUUUUAUCAACAUGCAAAGUGUGGCUAAAUUUGUCACCAAAGCUUAUCCAGUCUCCGGGUGCUUCGAUUAUCUCAGUGAGGAUUUACCAGACACAAUUCAUAUCGGAGGGAGGAUCUCACCAAAAACAGUGUGGGAUUAUAUUGGCAAACUUAAAUCCUCCGUAUCUAAGGAAUUGUGUUUAAUCCGUUUCCACCCAGCAACAGAAGAGGAGGAAGCUGCCUACAUCUCUCUCUACUCCUAUUUUAGCAGCCGGUGCCGAUUUGGAGUUGUAGCUAAUAACAACAGGCAUGUCAAGGACCUGUAUUUGAUUCCCCUCAGGGCUAAGGAUCCCAUUCCAUCCAAACUUUUGCCUUUUGAGGGACCAGGUCUUGAAUCAAACCGUCCAAAUUUAAUUCUUGGAUUAGUGAUUUGUCAAAAAACAAAGCGUCCUGCAGCUGUAUUGGAAUCAGAAAAGCCCGAGGAGAAGAGGAGUCGAGUCCAGAUACAAGAAGAAGCAGAAGUAUUAGGAUAUUCUAAGGGCAGCACACUUCCACCGCAAGAAAAGAAAACUGCAAAAUUUUCUUUGUAUUCUGGAGAAACCACGAUCAGUACAACCCCUCCUGAUUCUCCUCCACCUCCACCUCCAAAUCCACCUUCAGAGCCACCUUCAACCGUGGCACCUUCUGUAUUAAAAAUACUGUCAUCCGUUAAAGCAGGAAGCUCAACCACCGUGGCACCAUCUAAUGCUUCAGGGUCAGGAGCUACCGCUACUCCGGUGUCUCCUGCUGGUUCCUCAGCCUCAAAAUCAGCCACACCGCUUGAUCACAUUUUGCAAACCCUUUUCGGGAAAAAGAAGUCCUUUGAUCCUGCCGCCAAUGAACCUGAAGCUGCUGUUCAUACCUCGAAGCCUGAAGCGCAGGCUGGGAUUGACGAAGGGCCGCUUGCUGCUCCUUUAAUAGACCCCAUUGUGCAACAGUUUGGACAGAUGUCGAAAGACAAAGCUAUCGAGGAGGAGGAAGAUGAUAGACCUUACGAUCCCGAGGAAGAAUAUGCUCCGGAGAGAGCUUUUGAAAUGCAGGCUGGCGAAAGCAGACUUGAGAAGGGCUGUGAAACUUCGGAACAAGAGGAUGAAGCCUACGAUCCAGAAGAUGAAACCAUCUUAGAAGAAGCAAAAGUCGCCGUGGAAGAUUUGCCUAAUAAAAUGUACUCAGACUCUAAAAACAGCUCCAUAACCACGUCUGCCCCCUUUGUGCCUGAUGCGGCGGCUGCGCCAUCCUUGGUAGAGCAACAGAAAAUGCUCGAGGAGCUGAAUAAACAAAUAGAAGAGCAGAAAAGGCAACUUGAAGAACAAGAGGAAGCGCUCAGGCAACAAAGGGCAGCUGUCGGUGUAUCCAUGGCUCAUUUUUCGGUAUCCGACGCUUUAAUGUCACCGCCUCCCAAACCAUCCAUCGCGAAAACGGAGUUAUUCCAACACGAAAAACCCAUUCCUGAAAAACCCGAAAUGCCUCCUUCCUCCAUUCAGCCUCAACUCUUCAGCCAAGGAAAUGAUCCCAGACAAAGCAGAGAUCCCCGACAAGCUAGGAGAAUCCUAACUGAGUGUAAUGAAGGUGUGGACUUUAAUAUAAAGCAACAUGGGCUACAGGGAGAACCUUCUGCUGGAUUGAUCCCUCCACCCAGCUAUUCAGGUCCACUCCAGGCUGCGUUUGACAAAGAGGAGAAAUGUCAUAAUGAAACAUGGAUGGCAGGUGAAACAGGUCCUGCUGUCCCUGAGCAAAAUGUGCCUAUCAGUUUUGAAAACGUUCCGCAAAUUCACCCGGAAAUUAUAAAUAAACCCGCUCCCGUUGAAUCGCCCACGAGUGCGCCUGUUCGUAAAGUAUUGCUGCCUACCCCUCCCACCCCGUGUUUUAUGCCCAUUUUCACAGGCUCUAAUAAUGCACCGACUGUAACUUGGUCAAAUGCCUCUCAGGACAACAGCGUUCCAGGGGUCGUAAGAGAUUCUUUUUCAAGUUCAACAUUUGCACCUCAGGAGAAAAUUCCUGGUCACUUUGAAGCAGAAAGAGGUCCGUUGAAUUAUAACGAAGGCGAAGUCAAUCCUCAGUCCGGCCAUUUUUACAAACAGAGAGAGUCUUCUACAAUUCAGACUGAGGAAGUAAGAGGGGGGCCUCCUUUUCCUUCAGCUGGGCAGAAAGGUCCCCCUCCGGUGCUGUGUGGUGCUUCUGAUUUCCAUGGGCAAAGGGGUCCGCCCCAGCAAUUUAAUGAAGGACAUAACGUUCCGCCGAAUAACGACGGACAAAGAGGCCCGCCACCAAACAGGUUUCCAGCGCCAAGAGCACCUAUUCCUUCAUUAUUUUCUGCACCACAUGGUCCACCUGUUUUUGUUGAAAAUAGGGGUCCUUCUCCAUCGUUUCCUGGUGGGCCAAGAGAAAAAGCAUCUUCUCAAUUUGAAGAUCACAGAGAAUCUCAAGCGGAACAGAGAGAAUUUUCAGAUUCUCAGUAUUGCGAGGUGAGCGGUCCUCCUGGCCAGUUUGAAGGAUCUGAGCCUCCCCAGUUUGCAGGAAAUAGAGGGCCACCUCCAUUUCCUUAUGGGGGCCAAAGGAGGCCUCCACCCAAUCAAUUUAAAAAUCAAAGAGGGGGCCCAUCAACUCAGUUUGGAGGACCAAGAGGUCCAUCACCUAAUCAUUUUGGAGGUACAAGAGGUCCUCCUCCAAAUCAGUUUGAAGGACAAAGAGGACCGGCACCGGGUCACAUGCCAGGACCAAGGGGACUUCUGCCCUCACCAUUUGAAGAGAGGAGAGGAAGUCCACCCCCCAGAUUUCCAAACCAGAGGGGCUCAGCACCCAAUCAGUUUGGAGGACCAAGGGGACAGGCACCUGCCUCGUUUUCAGAACAAAAUGACUCUGCCCCUAACAGACAUAAUUUUCCAGGACAGUCUCAGCAAGGUAUGAAACCAUCCCCCAGACCUCUUUUGGAUCUUCCAAGCCAUCCUCCACAACACAGGAAAGAGAUAUGGGAUGAAUCUGGACCGUCUUCUUCUCACCCUAAUAUUUCAGGGCAGGGUUCUUCAUCAGAAGCACAGUGGCCAGCGUCUGAUUUUCGAGAGGGUCGAAAUAAUGACUACAGGGGCCAGGGCUUUGAAGGGAGGCCGAGGGAAAGAUUUGAGGGAGGCAAUAAGGAAAAAGUGUUAGAGCAGCCGGAGAAAUCAGACAAUAGAUCAAACCGAGGAAACGAUGAUAGACGGAGGGAUCGCGAGCAUAAUUGGGCUUGGGAAAGAGAUCGCGGCAGAAAUUGGAAUAGGGGUAGGGAAAGAGAUUGGGAGAGACACAAAGAGAAAGACUGGGAUAAAAACAGAGAUAGAAACUACAAUAAAGACAGGGAAAGGGAUUCAGAUCGGGCCAAAGAUUGGGAAAGGAACCGGGAAAGAACCAGGAUCAGAGAAGGGGAUUCUUAUCGAAGACGGAACCGGUCCAGAAGCAGAGAACGUGACUACGAUAGAUUCAGGGACAGGGCCCGCAGCCGGGAAAGAGAGAAAGAGAGGGACCGAGAUAGGGACCGUGACAAAGAUAGAGGAAGGGACCGCAAGGAGCGCAGCAAAAGUACAGAAUGUGAUAGAGACUCUAAGCCAGAAUCCCAGAUGGGCAGCCAAAAGCCAUCACAUCUGGAAGCUGCUGCUACUGCUGCUAAGUAGAACCUUCAACAAGGAGUCCCUUAGAAGUAAAGGGGGAAACAUGUAAGAAUUGACUGUGUACUACUUGUAUAUAUUGUAUAUUCUGUUAGAAAAUACUUUGGUAAAAACUUUCAUAAAAGACAAAUUUUGAAUUGUAAAUGCAAUAUAUUAAGGUAGGAAGCAGGGAAAACCUGGACUUGAUACAUUUUGUUCAUAAAAGUUUUCUUACAGAAUACAUAAGACAUAAUCCUUCCCUGACUGAUCCCAGCACCUGUGUACAGAUAAGAAGUCAGUAGUGCAUAGGACUACUGCUCUUGCCUUUUUAGAGUAGGGGCCUGUAGGAAUCCUACUUACUCCCAGAGAAAAAUUGUGGUUGGGACCUAACAGUUGUAUGAUGUGGCUUUGUUUUCCUUAUUAUCUUGAAUUUCCAUUUGCAGACAAAAAAUGGGAACUGUCUUCAAAAAGCACAUUGCUUUUAAAGGUUUCAAAGUUGUGUUUUCCAAUAACUUAAUUGGUUAUUUUAUGAGAAUUCAAGCAAGAUUUUAGAAGCCAUAACUUUACAUCUCAAAUACAUAGUGUUUUUGUGUUUUGGUUCCUACUUAACAGCAAAAAUAUCAAUAUUUUUGUCCUGAGUUAAUCUAGUUAUAUGGCUUUUGUGUAUUUAACAAAUGAUGGCGGGAGAAUAGUGUUGCUACUUACUUGUAAUUUGCAGAGUAUUUGAAUAAGAAAUGUUAAAUUUCUAAACUCACAUUUUACAUGAGGGCAUUUUGAAUGUAAUUUCAACUAAUUGAUGAGCUCAGGCAAGAAGUACAUGUGUCUAGAUAGACCACUACCUUUCUUAUCAAUAAACUCUUAAAAUUCUGUAUUUUUAUGAAAGGUGUAAUGAAAAUUAAUGCCCUCUUUACUCAAUAUAACUAAGCUUUAAAAAAAAACAGGUAUUGAUUUUUUUUUAACCUAAAUUGACUGAACAAAGUGGGAGGAAGGAGAAUUAUCAAGAUUAAUACAUCAAGCACUGAGUGAAGGAGUUUGACUUUUCUUAUGGUUAUCGGUCAAAAAUAUUCAUGAACUAAAGACAGUUUAGUUGAGCCAAGAUGAAGAACUUUUAAGUUCUAAUUUAAGUGGGAGAGAUUUCAGGAUGCUGGUAAUUAUUGACACCAACAGCACUGAAAUUCUUAAUUUUGAUAGGAAUAUGUUCUGUCCAUAUGAAUUCAUGGCUACUGUGAUAAAAUUGGAAGUAAAUAUUUCUGUAAAGAUUGGCGAAAUAAAGCCGUUACUAACAAUUCUGUACUUUAAAAGGGAAGGCUUUUUACUGUGAAAAACAGUAUUCUAUUACUUUUUCUGUAUUCUUCAAGUUCAUUAUAUAAUUCUAAACAGUACAUAGAAAAACAUUACCAGUUGAAUUGGAUUUAUACAUUUACAGAUAAAAAGUUACUUUGAUAUUUUUGUAACCAUUUGCAAAUGUAAAAUUAAAUUCGUAACAUCUGCAUUUUGAAACCUGCAAUAUAAAUAGUACUACCCCAUAAAUAAAUCACUACAUAGUUAUACUUUAUAUUGGUACAUCUUAGUCUUUAAACAUCAUGGACAUGCUGAUAUUAAAAAAAAUGGCCUGUUUGCAAAAUAUUUUGCAAAACAUUAAAAGAGGUGGUAUAGAAUGCAAAUACCUAUGAUGUAAUUUUUUAUUCAAGAAGUUUCUAACUUAAAACCAUACAUGUAAGUAUACUAAAUCAAGUGUUGUUUAGGUUUACUUGACAGAAGUUUCUGUAAAUUGUAUUUUAUAUUUCAGAAUAUAUCAUUGUACAUUAAAUGUGGAACUUCAUAGAUUUUUGUUACUGUAAGUCAAAUAAACAUCUACAGAAAGCC